CUUUUAUAUUUCAUUUUCUAUAUCCAACCAUCUUCUUUGCAAUUCAUUAUCUGGAAACGACAGGUUUAGGGUUAACGGUGUAGGGCUGUGAAUGAUUUCACUUUAAGAACCUAUCGAGCGUCAGCGGAUGUUUGUUGAACGGCGGCAAACUUCUUGACGCUUCGACCUCCCGCUCGGUACUCUCGACCCCAUCCUGUCAAACCCUCCCAAUAAUCUGUCUUGUAGCAUAGUGAACUAUGAAGAAGAAGAAGCAAUCUCUCUGUAGUGGGCAAGUAUUAAGCACCUCGACAGGCGUAUUCGAGCAGAUGCUGCGGCAAUUGGGAGACCACUCGGCUGAAUUCCAACUGCCGCACUGGCUCAAACAGCAGAAGUCGUCAAUGCCCUACACCUUCAUCAAGCGCAAUAUUUAUCUCACCAAAAGAAUCAAACGUCGCGCUGAGGAUGAUGGUAUAUUCUGUUCUUGUGCUCCUUCUGCGGGCCUGUCUGCAGUCUGUGACCGGGAUUGCCUUUGUGGAAUGCUGUUAUCUAGCUGCUCUAAGAGCUGCAAAUGCGGUGCAUCGUGCAUUAACAAACCAUUUCAGUACCGGUCCAUGAAAAAGAUGAAAUUGGUCAUGACUGAGAAAUGUGGAUCGGGGCUAGUUACAGAUGAAGACAUGAGACAAGGAGAUUUUGUGAUUGAAUAUGUUGGGGAAGUUAUUGAUGAUAAAACAUGCGAGGAAAGGCUUUGGAAGAUGAAGCACUGUGGGGAGACUAACUUUUAUCUUUGUGAGAUUAAUCGUGAUAUGGUUAUUGAUGCCACUUACAAAGGAAAUAAAUCCAGAUUUAUAAAUCACAGCUGUCAACCUAAUACCGAGAUGCAAAAAUGGACAAUUGAUGGUGAAACACGAAUUGGCAUAUUUGCAACUCGUGACAUAGAGAAGGGAGAGGAACUGACUUAUGAUUAUCAGUUUGUACAAUUUGGAGCAGAUCAAAAUUGCUAUUGUGGUGCCAAAGGCUGCAGACAGAAGCUAGGAAGCAGACCUAGUAAGCUAAUUUCCGAUGCUGCUUUGCAGCUAGUACUUUAUGAGAUGGCAGCCUCAUCUCCCACGAAGAAUGCAGUUUUUCGUGAAAAAUAUGAUUACACGAAUGGAAAGUCCAGCAUAGGAAAUUCACAUAGUAUUUUUCCAUUUAAAAAGAAGAUUACCUCACGAAAUUGUAUUUGGGAAGUUGUACGAGUUUGGUGCCCGCGGAAUAAAAGGUACUUUGGAGGAGUCAUAGUGGAAUUCAACACUCACACCAGAAGGCACACCAUUGUAAGGGAAGAUGGAGAGCUUGAAAAUCUUGAUAUGUCAAAGGAGGAGUGGGAGCUUUUAUGAUAAUUAAUGUGGGAUCAAAUGGCUCAGAGUGAACAUGAACACGACCCGAAACACAAUAUAGUAUAGAAGUGAGCUGCUAUCUACUGCAUUGCAUUGCUGCAGGUGGCGCAUGUUCUCCAGAAGCUGUAGAAGUAUUCUGGUCAUGUGGCUGGUUUUGCAAAAUCUUUGGCUGAAAGGGCAACUCAGAAUUCACUCACUAGUAUUGAAAAGUAAUUCAUUGUAGAGAAAAAAAUUAUUGCAUUUUAUAGUGAUUUAUUCCACACAAGUUAUUGCAGUUUUGAACUUUUAAUUAUAUUGUGGUGGAUAAACUAAUAUACCUUAUUGGAUUUGAUGCUUUGAUGUAUUAUUGGUAGGCAUAUAUUAAUGCAAUCAUGCUUAUA